CGAGCAGCGAGGUGCGUCGACGCGGCCAGUUGUCAUUCGUCGUGUCCUAAGAAUCCUCAUGGCAGACGAGCUGCGCGUCACCGUAAACUACCACACGCAGGAACCAAUCGCUAUGGACCCAGCACCCCGCCCACUCCUGUCGCCCUCCGCGUCGCCGCUGUACCGCGAGCCGUACAAGGUCGCUGCCGUCUACGCGGCCUUCAUCCUCUUUGGUCUGGGCUCGUGGAUCAUGUCCAACUGCGUCUUUGUCGAAAUUGCAGCUUUGUACCAAGUACUGCAACCAAGUCAUGGUCAUGGCUCAUCACCCGCCGUCUCGUAGCGCACACCAGAGAAGGCUGCUAUCAGUGCGUACCUGAUUGUUGCGAUCCAGGCCUCCAACAUCUUUCCUGCGCUCUACAUGGUCUUCAACAACGAUCAGCAGCUUUUCUCGAUCCGCACCGCCAUUUGGGGUCUACUCUCGAUGGGCAUCGUUGUCUGCGUGCUUUUGUCCAUUUUCUGGGACCAAACGUCCGUCUUUUUUGGCCACGAGCACAGUACGGCGCUGCUCGUCCUCGUCUUCUUUGGCGGCAUGGUGAGCUCCACGACGAGCGUCGUCUAUUACCCGUUCGUUGCCACGUUUCCUCCUCUCUUCACGAGUGCGUUGUCAACGGGCGAAGGUCUUAGUGGUGUCAUUGCUGGCGUUCUCGGCAUCAUCCAGGAUCCUGGCGCCACGCACAUGCACAUCACCGUCGGUGGCUACUUCUUCUAUGGCGCUGUCGUCUUUCUCGUCGCGCUCCUCGCCUUUGUGUUCCUCGUCAAGUCACCGUGGGCGACUCAAAUUCAAGCCUCGAUGUACCGUGAGGACGGUGGCGACUUUGACUACAAGUUUACCCCGCCCCUCAAGCGCGCUCCGUCGCCAGCGAUGAAAAUGAACGAGACGCUGCCACUCGUGCUGCCGCAGUCCAAGCACCAGUUCUCCACCGCAGUCGAGCGCCGCAACUACGUCGUCUCCAAGCUCUGGAAGCCUCUGCUAUGCCAAGUGGUCCUGUGCGCCAUGAGCUUUGGUGUCAUUCCGUCAAUCCUGCCUUUCCUCGGCAGCAAGUACUCGAACAGCGCCGAGGUGUUGAAAUGGUCGUCCGUUCUCUCAAUGGCUUGUGACCCGCUGGCCCGCUUCCUCACGAGUUUUUACCGCUGGUACAAUGUCACGGUGCUCACGUCCCUCACCGUACUACUCGGGGCGCUCAUGGCUGUCUCGGCUACGACCGCCCACCCAAUCUUUUCGAGCUACGCGCUUGGCGGUAUCGCGCCGGUCGUCGGCAAUUGCGUGUUUGUCUUCCUCUUUGCCUACUCGCAAACGAUGGCGUACCUCACGCUCAAGCGCGAGGUGCGCUACAACGAGGCUUAUGCCAAGACAGCGUACCAGUGGUCUGGUUUCCUCGCACAAAUGGGCGCGCUUCUCGGCACGGUCAUCAUCUUCCCGCUCGUGACAUACACGACGCUCUUCCAGCGCAGCUACGGCGAGUUAUAGGAGACGCAAUAGGAUUUUAGUAAUAAUAAUAGGUUGCAACGUAGUCUAGUGAGGGUACCACACUUCCCAC